AUGAGGAGCCGACGAGGGUGGACGACUCUGCUGUUGCAAAACAGAAGGAGUUUUGCGUCGCGGAACGCGACUACUACUGCCAUUGAUUCUUCGGCUCUUAUUUAUCUCGGAGCUGCUGGGAGUAACAGCAGCAGCUCGAGUCUUUCUCAUCAUCAUCAUCAAAACCAUCAUCAUCAUCAUCAUCUUCGAAAAGUGGGAAGGAGCAGACACUACGCGAGCGAUGUAUCGGAGGAACGAAAGCGCGCGAGAAAUAUAGGCAUCAGUAAGUUCUUUGCUUUGUCGUUCAUUUUAUCUGGUCUCGUCGUCGUCGUCCUCUGCGCACACAUUGACUCUGGGAAAACAACCUUAACCGAGCGGAUUUUGUUUUACACCGGACGGAUAAACGAAAUACACGAAGUGCGAGGGAAAGACGGCGUCGGGGCGAAAAUGGAUUCCAUGGAACUUGAAAGAGAGAAAGGCAUUACGAUCCAAUCUGCGGCGACUUACACAACGUGGAAGGAUUCAUCGAUCAACAUUAUCGAUACGCCAGGUCACGUUGAUUUUACCAUCGAAGUCGAACGCGCGCUGAGAGUGUUGGACGGAGCGGUGUUGGUUUUGUGUUCAGUCGGUGGAGUGCAGUCGCAAAGUAUUACCGUAGAUAGACAAAUGCGAAGAUAUAACGUGCCGAGAUUAUGCUUUAUCAACAAAUGCGAUCGGGUCGGCGCGGAUCCGUGGAAAGUGUUGAAACAGGUGAAGGAUAAAUUGCGAUUGAAUUGUGCCGCAGUGCAAAUCCCGAUCGGGUUGGAAGAGAAGCAUGACGGGGUCGUGGAUUUAGUCACCAUGAAAGCGAUUACGUUUCAUGGACAACACGGAAAUGACAUUAAAGUGAGCGAUGAGAUACCGAGCGAUUUAAAAGAUUUAGCGAAUGAAAAGCGAAAAGAGUUAAUUGAAACUGUCUCGGGCGUAGAUGACGAUUUAGCAGAGAUUUUUCUCAUGGAAGAAGAACCGACGGUCGAGCAGUUGAAAGAGGCAAUUCGACGGAGCGUGGUUUCGAAUCAGUUUGCCCCAGUUUUCAUGGGCUCGGCGUAUAAAAAUAGAGGCGUUCAGCUUUUGUUAGAUGGCGUGGUGGAUUAUCUCCCGGCGCCGCACGAAGUAGAAAACAUCGCUUUGGAUUUGAAUAAAGACGAAGAGCCUGUGAAGACAGUUUCUGACCCAAAAGCUCCGUUAGUUGGAUUGGCAUUUAAGUUGGAAGAAGGUAGAUUUGGUCAGCUCACGUAUUUGCGCAUAUAUCAAGGCACAAUUACAAAAGGUAUGACAAUUGUCAACACUCGAACAGGGAAGAAAUUGAAGGUGCCUCGAUUAGUACGCAUGCAUUCGGACGAAAUGGAAGACGUAAAGGAAUCUCAAUCAGGAGAAAUUGUCGCGCUCUUCGGCGUCGAUUGUCAAUCUGGAGAUUCAUUUACGGAUGGAACUAUUAAUUAUGCUAUGACCUCCAUGCGAGUGCCAGAACCGGUCAUGUCAUACGCAGUCGCACCAAAAUCGAGAACUGAUUCGUCAAACUUCUCAAAAGCUUUGUCUCGUUUUCAACGCGAAGAUCCUACGUUCAAAGUUCACCAGGAUGAAGAAAGUGCGCAAACUAUUAUAUCUGGUAUGGGUGAACUACACCUCGACAUCUACGUUGAAAGAAUGAAAAGAGAAUACAAAGUCGACGUCGAGGUUGGGAACCCGAGAGUGAAUUACCGGGAAGCGAUUACCCAAAAAGCAGAGUUUGAUUAUUUACACAAGAAGCAAUCUGGAGGGUCCGGUCAGUACGGUAGAGUUGUUGGAUACAUCGAGCCGAUUGUUCAAGCUGACGAAGAGACCAGAUCGACGGAUGUUAUUUUUGAAAACGGUAUCGUAGGAAACGCUAUUGCACCAGGAUAUAUCGUAGGGGUCGAGAAAGGUUUCAAAGAAGCCGCCAACGGCGGUGGUUUGAUCGGAUAUCCCGUUCAAGGUUUAAGAAUUGUCCUUACGGACGGCGCUUCGCACGCCGUCGAUAGUUCAGAAUUGGCGUUUAAAAUUGCCGCUUUAAACGCUUUCAAAGUCGCGUUUAAAAACGCGGGACCGAAAAUAUUAGAACCAAUAAUGAAAGUAGACGUGACAGUUCCGAACGAGUUUCAAGGUACGGUCAUCGGCAACAUUAAUCAGAGAAAAGGCACGAUUUUAGAUUCAGUCGGCGAGAACGACGAUGUCUGCGUUACGGCGUUGUUACCUUUGAGUAAGAUGUUUGGCUACUCGACCGAGCUACGAUCGAUGACUCAAGGUAAGGGCGAAUUUACCAUGGAGUAUUCCUCGCACUCGGCCGUCGACGCCGGGACGCAACAAGAAUUGAUGACGCAAUUUAGCAAAAGUUCAUAA